AUGACCGAUCUCUUCAGCUCACGCUGGGCGCCGGGUGCAGGCGAUCCUCCAGCCUCCUACACACAAUCCUCCAAAAAGCCCCGCCGAGCGCGAUCUGAAAACCGCCUCCAGACGGCAACCGCAACCCCACCCGCGCCUACACCUGGAAACCAGCGCACGCACAGUCCCGCCCGCUUCCCUCCUUCCGAAGAACUAGCUCGGUUCCUGAAGAUCGUCUCACGGCUGAAAUGGAAGCUCCCAUUCCUGGCUGAGGGAUACCGCCUCGCAACCUUAGUUGUGGGCGAAAACGGGGUCUCUGCCGAGGAGGUCGCACACGCAGAGAUCAUGUUCAAGAUCGACUUCUUCGAGUACUACGCGCUUCUAGAGCGUGCGAUUGUGCAUCUUCUCUCGGUGUUUAAUAUCAGUGUUUCGGGAAUGGCCCACCCAUACAAUAAUGGCGGCUAUUUGCAGCGCACAGCGGGCCAGCAUCGCUUUCAUGCUAAUGUCCUGCAGGCUUUGGAGGAGGAGUCUUCGCCGCUGACGCCGGUUUUAGGCACUGCGCCUGUCAUUGAAUACUUGAAAAAGGCGAAGGAACUCAGGAACCGGUGGAAAACAGCAGAUAUGACCAAGAUAGAGCGACAGAGAGAUUAUGAGCGGGACCAAGUCCUUCCGCUGGCAAGUUACAACUUCGAAGAGAUCCUGGCGGGGAUCUUUGCUGGGCUGGAAGAGGCUUACAUACGCGCAAAGACACAUGUUGAUCUGUGCAAGCGGCCUGGAGACGAAAAGGCGGAGGAUAAGAUGGCCUCAGAUUCGGACUGGGAUUUCAUGGUGGAUGCUAUGGAUUGGGAAGCAGUUUGA